AUGGCAAGUAUCAAAAAUUUUCUAAAGUUUUGUCGGCUGGAUCAUUUUUCCCGUUUAAUAUUAUAUAUUCUUAGGUACUAAUCAACAGCUUUUAAAAAAUUCAACUCUAUGAUCAAGGAAAUAGCUCAUCUCUGAUAGCAUUUUGCAGUUUGACAACGAUAAAGUAACGUACUCAUUCCAUAUUAACGCAAAUCAGGUGUAUACUUUCAUCCAAAAUUCAGUUCGGUUGCAGUCAAAUUAACAUACCCUAAUUACUUCUUUUAUGAUCCCGCCUGUGAGAUAGUGAACGUGGGGCUGUCAAUAAAUGUCUUAUUCAUGAGAAUAUUUUUAACUUAAGAUAUGAAAUUACAACUGUAUUAGUUUCAAAAAAUUACACCGUCGAAUUUAUGACGAUACUCUUGAAUUUCUGUUCAGUAGGUUUGCUUUACUUAUGACCUACCUUGCAAGAAAAUAAAGUCUUAAAUAUAGAAAUUAUUACAUUAACAUGAUAAAGUUGGUGAUGUUGACUGAUGACUAAUUAUUUUAGCUUUGUACCUUAUCCCUACAAACUGGGUCUCAUUCGCACUCUUGUUGAUAGAGCCUACAAGAUCAACAACACAUGGUUGGGUUUCUACGAAGACAUCAAGAAACUCACUGAAAUCCUUAAAAAGAAUCUUUUUUCAGCCCAUCUGGUUGAAAGGGUUGUCGAUCGGUACCUCACGCUUACCCGUGAUGAGUGCGAUCCCCCGGUCUCCGUUUCAGACACAACUACUAACUUUUAUUUUAAAUCACCUUACAUUGGCCCUUUUUCUUUUGUCGCGCAAAAAAAGGGUUCGCCGAUUUGCUAAGUGUUAUUGUAACAACAUCGAU